GAGGGCGAGAGGCCCCUGUGGCCGCUUCUCCCCCCGCCCCUGCUCUCUGCACCCCUGGAGGGACAUGGGAGGUGCCUGUGGGGGUGUGCAGGGAGGCCUGAGGUUGAAUUGCAGUGCGUUGGAAAGCUCGUCUGAAGCCCUGCUACGCGUUGCAUACAUCACGCGGCUCACUGGUGCUUGGCGUAACACAAGUAGACCUGCCACAGGUGCCAAGUGGAGUGAUGGCAUCUGCACGGGCUGGGCUAGGUGCGUGAUCCCUCUUUAGUUUCUGCUUCCUAGAAUCCAUCCUAAAAUGUCUGAACUUAAGCAAAGAAAGAAAGUUAGUCCUUCACCUAAGCUCAGUGAAGAUCUGCACAUGGCUGAGAAGCAAAGCAGCCAUGGGGAACCAUCAGGUCCCAGGAACAACAAUAGUCAGAGUUCCUUUCCAAGAAACUCACAGACAGCCUUAAGCCUACUUUCCUUACUAUUUUGCAUAGUGCUGAGCUGGUUCUUAUUUCAGCAGUCAAGCCAAUUUGCUGUUAUGGAAAAAAAGUAUCAUUUAUUACAACUAGAAGUUGCAAAAUUCCUGGACGUGGAAAAUGAAGUCAACUUACUUUCCCAAAAGCUUGAGUCUUCUGAAAGUAUCCUGCAGGAAACUACCUCAUCCAUCUCAGUGGUGACUCAGCUUGAGCAGGACGUAUCCACACUACGUAACAUCAUACAUGACAUCCAGAACACUGAUCAGACACUCUCUAAAGAGAUGCAAAGGCUUAAUGAGAAAUUUCAAAAUGUUUCAGACUCCUGGAAAAGAAGCCUGGAUGAAAUGAAUGCCAAUACUAGUAGUUUAAAAUCUGAAGCUAAACUCAUACAUACAGAAGUUACCUCCCAGAUCAAUGCAGUUGAUCAAAGAAUAAAAUUUCUUACAGAAGGGGUAAAAGAUUUAGAAGACAGUACAGCUAGAAAUAUUAAGACAAUACAAAGACAGGAAGAAGAUGAGCUUUCUAAAGUUGAAGAGCAACUGGACUUCCAUACAAAGGCCGUUGAAAAAUUAGAAGAACAGCAAAGUAGUCUGUUAGCCAAAGACACGGAUAUGAGUCAGAAACUUACAGACUAUGAACCUAAAGUUACAGAGUGCAAGACCCACUUACCAACAAUUGAAAACGCCGUUCAUUCCAUUCUUAGAGUGUCAAGUGAGUUGCUAGGCAUGGAGAAAAAGAUGGAAGAUUUAGCAACACAGAUGUUUACUAUGGAAGAUGGUAUGCUAAAAACAGUGUCAGAUAUAGUAGAGAUGCAGAAGAUUCUUGAAGGAAUGCAAUAUGACAACAGCAUAUUGAAACUGCAAAAUGAUAUAGUUAUUUUAAAAGAAAGAGUACAUGACAUUAUGGUAUCUUCAAAUACAGGAAAAAAAACUUCAGAAAAAUAUGAUCUAGAAAGUGAACUGAUUUUGGAUGAUGAGUAAUGAAUUAAAGCAGUUUCAUUUGUAUGUAAAAAUUGGACCAGUAUGAACAAUUAUUUAUAGCUCAGUUAUGUAAAUAAAGCUUAUAAGCAAGUAUUUAACAGGAAUGUUGCAAUUCAUCUUAACAGGCUUUGGAUCAGACUUCAAAUGCACAUGGUGCCAAAGAAUAUAUACUACAUAUUGUGGGGAGGAAGUUAGAAACAGUUGUGGGAGAAGAAUUGCAAAAACUAUUUUUAAAAAGUUAUAACUGUUUUGAAAAUAUUUUUAGAGUUCAUGUUUCUUAUUAUUAAAUGGGAUUUGAACCAAACUUUUUAGGUUAAAGUUUGAAUUCAAGUCAAAAGUUGGAGCCCAGCACACAACGUUAUAUUUUGUAAUCAAUAGAGUUUUUCCUAAUUAUAACUGUUUGCAAUGUUGUAUUUUGUUACCAUAUUAACUGACAAGUAACAUGAAAAGUUAAGAACCUGCUUCCAAGGAAAUUACAUGCAUUGUAUUUUGCUUCUAAUGAACUAUAGCACUUAAUUCAAACUUCUCAGUGUACUAGCUUUGUGAAUUUUAUUUUGAUUAGUGGAACCAAAUUUAUUGCAGCUCUUUGAGAACAUUAAUUUUCUUCUCAUUUAAUUUGGAUCAAGUUACUCCAGGUUUACACUGAUGCAGCUGAACAAAGUGGGGCUAGGAGCCUGUCCAUUUUUCUUCUGUGCAGGAGAUCCUAUUAACACCUACACAUGAUUUCUGUUGAAAUUAAGAUACUAUAAUUAUCAGCUUUAUAGAAAAUCCUAGUUAAUAGGCAACUCUAAGGGAUAGUCCUUGUAGAAUUUAAACUUGAGAACAGCAAUGGAAGAGAGCUUUCAGAAUAUUGGUAAUGAAGAUGCACAUAGAGGGACACUGAUAUAUUGGUGCCAUAUCAGAUCGGCACCGAUAAAAGAAAAGUUAACAUUAUUGGCUAUCAGCUUUUUUUAGUCACUGUAGCCGAUAAUGUACCAAUAAAUAUAAUGUGCCUUCCAGCCAGGGCUCCCACACACUGCAUGCAUGCCAGAAAUGCAGCUGGGCAGUGUGGAGAGCAGUGCCCUGCAGGGGGGAGAGGAGGGGAAGGGCAGAUUGAGGCCCCCUUGGUGAAGAAGGGAGCAGGGCUGGCACAGGGCAGUGAAUAGGACCCCAGGGCUGGAGCUAGGGCAGGGGGUGGGAUGGAGCCACAGGCAGCUUGUCCAGGGGAUCAGCGUCCCCACACUUAGAAGUGGUGGUGGUGGCGGCUUUUGAACACUCAUCAAAUUAGCUUCAAGGGCUGCUGCCAUUUUUAAGUGCUGGGAUGCUUUUAGCAGCGGGGUGGAGGCAGGCUACUCGCUGUGGGUUUGGGACUCAGCCCUGCUGCCUUUGCCCCAAGAGCUGCAUGCUGGCCAUGCUGUGUCCCUUGCCCAUCUAGCAGCAGGAAGCACAAUUGGCUGCCCCCACAGGUGUUGAAUGGGCAUGGGGCGUUCAGCAAGCACACUGCUCCUGGGGCAAAGGCAGCAGAGCGAGAUCCCCAAGCCCACAGCAAGCAGCCCAUCUCUGCCCUUGCCUUGGUUGGCUCUGCUCCAGUUAAGUGUCCUGGUGCUUAAAAAUGGUGGCAGUGGCGCUUGAAUUAAAGCUCGUUCAAUGAGCUUUAGUUCAAGCCCCCACCACCGUUUUUAAGCGCUGGGAUGCUGAUCCCCUGGACCAGCCACCCACAGGUAUCUCAGCCCCAGGGUCUCAUUCAUUGCCCUGCCCCAUUCUUUCCCUCAUCAUGGGGGCCUUGAUCAGCCUUCCCCUCCACAGACUUACCUGCAAGGCUCUGCUAUCCACCCUGCCCAGCUACAUUCUUGUAAAUCUGUUACAGGAUUGCUCUCAGUCAAUAUGCUUGGUGAAUAACUGGCUAUUGGUAUUGGCCAAGAAAAUAUUUAAAUCGAUGCACCCCAUGAUGUACAUUUUAGUAUAAUUCCACACAUUGGCCCAAAUUCCCCUGUCAGCCACAUGGGUACCAGUUGCUUGAACUCAGCAGAAUUAGACAAAUGCAGCCUUUUCAGCUUCUAUGACUGCAUCUAGCUCCAAAUCUGGCCCUAGCCUGAUAGAGGCCUGAUCCCUCUGUGAAGGACCUACCCAGGCAGAGCCAAUCCAGCCACAUAGGGCUUGGAAAUUUGUCCACAGCAGUCAAGUAGAGGCAGUGUUAAUUACCACUGCUCCUCCACCACCACAUUUCCAGAUCCAUGGGGACACCUGCUGGCUGGGUCACGUGGCUUGAUGGGCUAGAUCUGGCUUGAGGGUCGGGGUUGAGCACCCCUGCACUAAUACAAAUAAAAGAACAUGGACUAUUUUCAUGGUUGCAGGUCAUUUUUCAGAGGUGUCAGUUACCACUACUUUUCCUCCCUUGAAAUUCUAUAUAACCAUUCAUUCACACAGCAAAUGAUUUUUGAUUUUUUCCCCCCUUUCAUAUACUUGGUACCUAAGUGAACUUUUUACUCCAUAUUUACUACCAGUUAGAUUCCUAUUAUUCCUACUAUAUCAUAGUGAGAAAUUGACUUAAGCUGAAUAGCAUUAUUCUCUGGGAAUAAAUCAGUGACAUUUUUGGGAUUUCUUGUGAACUAGGGUGCUUACCUACUUCAGGAAGAUUAUUGUUGCUAGCUUCCUCCCCUUUGUCACGGGAAUAAGAAUGAUGUAACUGUAAAGGUGUGUUUUAGAUUAUCAGGUGUCCCACAGUCACAAGACAGGUUGGUAGAGGUAUUUAUAUAGAAAUAAAUAGUUUUGCAAAAAAUAAAAGUCAGCAUAUCUGCCCCAUAUGGACCAUGUCAGUGUUGGCUGCAUUUAACCAGCAUCAUAGUUGGUUUCCAUUAAUGAGCACAUGCUGCUUUUAGCAGCAGUUCAGAAGAUAGGCAGUGUAUCUAGUGUCGCUUCCUUGUAAGCAAAUAUAAAAUGAGGGGCUUCCCCCUCUGCCCCAUGUUGACUGAAGAAGAAAAAAACCUCAUUGUAAAUACAGUACUUUAUGUAAAUUAGCAAAGUAUGUUCAGUACGUUAGAUAUGACUUUAGUCUGCCUACUAAAGCUGAGGGCAGCUAUAGGCUUAAUCUUAGAUCUCAAGCGUACUUGGAACUUGAAUAUACAUUAGAUCUCUAGAUCUACUUCCAAUUUAAGAAUCUGGCAAUCAGAAAUAACAUGGCUCUGAGAUCUUGAGUUGCACUUCGUGGGUUAAUUUGUUCUGAAACAAAUUGUUGCUUAUUCACAUUUAUUAUAUAUAGUGCUUAAUUUUAAUAAGUGCUGUGUAUCUUUGAUUAUUACACCUAUUAACUUGUCCCUUUUAUGAAGUCUUAUGUACCUUGAGUCACUUACAUAAGGUUUUUUUGUUUGCUUUUUAAAUCUGCCUACAAUCUUGGUCAAUAAAAACAUGUUCUCACAUUUCCCUAA